GUUAAUACCUGGAACGCACUGAGCAGGUUUUUCAGAUGGAUGAAACACUGGAGUCAUGAGGUAGACCUGUCCAAGGUAUGAAGGGCAAUGGAAGAUCCCAAAUCUAUUCAGAGAAGGUUUGAAGCUGCUGUUAAAGUGAUCCGAAGUUUACCUGAAGAUGGCUCAUAUGACCUUUCCGAUGAUAUGCUGGUUAUGUUCUACAGUUACUACAAACAAGCUACAACAGGACCAUGUAACACCCCAAAACCGAACUCUUGGGAUCCUAUUGGAAAACCUAAAUGGGAGGCAUGGAAAGCCUUGGGAAACAUGUCAAAGGACCAAGCCAUGAUGGAAUAUGUUAAGGAAAUACAGCUGAUAAUAGAAACCCUCCCGGUCACAGAGAAGAUGGCAGAUUUAAUGGACGCUCUUGACCCGUUUUAUGAAAUGGUGUCGGAUGAUGAUGAUGAAGAUGAUGUGGCUUGUAAAGUGGCACCCUUAUCCACAGGAACCAUUAAUGCUGAAAAAGCCUAUGAUGAUGCUGUUGAGAAAGUCGAAGAGGUGGGAAGUGAAAUUAAUGGGGAAAAUACAGAAGAUGACAUGGAGAUGGAGGAGAAGAGGCAAGACUCAAGCACAUUUGCAGCAGGGAGAGGAGGAUUAUCAGCGUUUAAUAGAAGUGAGGAGAACAGCGUGUCCUCCUCUACCGAUGACACUCAUAGUUCUCUGAACACGGAGGAGGAAGAGGAGGAAUUAGCUUAUGAUGACUCAGACGAUGAGGUGCACAGUGACUCAAUGGGAAAUCUAGCAACACAUAAGAAGGGUUCGGGAGUUCCCAGGGUCCAUUUGGCAGAUGUGAGCGUGGCUGGGGCCAACCUGCAACAAGGGGGAAACAGAGAGCCUCAGUGUGGGAGUCAGGAUGGAAAACCACGGGGAGUUACACCCCCCGUCCCCCACCCACUGACACUUGGACCGGUCCAAACUGACAGAAUCUCAGCAGGCAGUGGAAGAGGCCGCCAGUUAACGGGAACUAUUCUGCCAGACGAACAUGAUAACUUAUCAGAGCGCAGUUGCCAAGGAAAUGGUCAGCGCUGGGAGACAGACGAGAGAACGGACAAGCAGACAUUUAACCCACAGAUCACUGUGAUACUGUCACAGUUACAGGACAAUAUGCAGCAUGUGCUACACAGACUGACCACACUGGAGCUUCUCACAGCAUCACAAACUGAAAUCCCUCCUCUCCAAACUUGGCAGUCCAAGUCACCAAAAAAGAGGUUGCCCUGGUGGCCUUUCAACGUGUCCCCUAUCACUGUAGUGCUGACAGUGAUCUGGCCCUUUGCUGUGCACUGGCUAGUGCAGUUUUACUUACAGAAAAGGAAGAGAUGGUUAAAAGUGAAGUGAAGAUUCAGGUACCAACUGCACAACUCCUGAAGACUUUCAAACGGUCUGGAUUUAUCUGAUGAAAGAUAUUGAAAGAAAUUAUUACUUAUAAGUAACAGUGAAGAUAUUCAAAUAAAUGCUGCUCUUUUGAACAUUCUAUUCAUCAAAGAAACCUGAACAAAAUGUAUCAUGGUUUCCACAAAAAUAUUAAGCAGCACAACUGUUUUUAACAUUAUGAUAAUAGUGAAUAUUUCUUGAGCAGCAAAUCAGCAUAUUAGCAUGAUUUCUGAAGGAUCAUGUGACACUGAAGACUGGAGUAAUGAUGCUGAAAAUUCAGCUUUGCAUCACAGGAAUUGCAUUUUGCAAAAUAUUAAAAUAUAAAAAGUUUAAAUUGUAAUAAUAUUGGAUAGGCUUUUGAAUGGUAGCGUUCAAAUAUUCAAAAAUAUAUUGUGUAUCUUGCGUUUCUAUUGUGUAUUAGGUUGUUUUUAUGACACAGUGCAGGUAGUUUACAGUCAUUUUUAUAUACCUCAGCUUUUAAAGAUCGUUUUCUGUUAUAGAUUUUGCUAACUGAGAUUAAUUAUAAAAAUAAAAUGUGUAUGGACAGAUUCACUGUAUCAAAGAGGAAAGCUCAGAGUGUCUUUCUGAUAUGAAUGUCUUCAGAGUAUAUGUGGACCACAGUAUUUUUUAAGCUGCAGACAUACAAUACUUAUAAGUAUGUUAUUGUAAAGUGGGUAAUUCUUCUGUAAGACGAAUAAAGAAUUUGA